AUGACAGCGACUGCCAAGUUUUGUGGUAGCUCCUCCAAAUUGUCCUCAAUGCGUGGAAGUGCAUUGCGGUGGUGUGCUCUCACUACGUCUGCUAAAAAGUGCAAAGACGAAGAUGAAAUCAAAGGCCUCAAAUCAAAUCCUUAUUUUGGGAAAUAUUCUGAAAAAAUUUCCGAACUUCAGAGAACAACUCCCGAGGAACUGGCCCGUCGUAUUGCUGCUAUUCGGACUCCCGUACAAGCUAAAGAUGGAGAGUUAUCUCCUAACAAAUCAAUUCUUACAACGCCACCUUUUACUAAGAAGAAGCAUUUGAGUGAUAUUAUGAAAGUAGAACUCUUGAAAGAUAAAUCUAUGCAAGAGAUUACAGAGAUAUGGUUAAAGCAUCACAUGUCUGUUAAAGAUACAGUGGCUGUAGUUUUACCUGUGGAAGUAUAUGAUCUUAUUCUCCAGACAAGUUUAAAACACCCAACUUUUUUGUUACCCCUUCCAAGACCUCAUGGCUAUGAAUAUUUUGUCAGUCAAUUUUGUGGGGAGGAAUUUCAUCUUACUCCCCUGAUCAACUUUCAGGCAUUUAAAGAGAAUGCCCCUGAAUGUCUUCUGCUAACACACUUUUCUGAAUUGAGUAAAGAUAAAGGUAUUGUGCUUAUGAGAGGUGAAUUUAAUAAUGAUAUCUUAGCUGUUUCCGAAGCAAUGUGCUUAACCAAUCAGAUUCAUAGAUAUUAUGGAGAAAUAGACACAAAAAGAAUGAAAUUGCUGGAGAGAUUUUCAAAUGUACCAACAGAGUUUCGUCACAUGGAUUUGAUUGUAGAACUGGAAAGAAUGGCAAUGUAA